AAUUGUUUUGUGGACUACAUUGAAAGUGAUAAUACAUAAAUUAUCAAUUGUAAAUUAUUUGAAAAGUUCUACUUACUCUCCUUGCUCUAAAUCAUUACGUAGACAUCAGUCGACUCGUUACAAGUCAACGUGGACAAAUAAAAUUUUUUUUUUAAAGAAAUUUUCAAGUAUGAAUUUUUUUGUUAAAUUAUCAGGAUUGAAUAUUUUUUAAUUCUUUGGUGAUUUUUUGAAUAAUAAAUUUUGAAAAUUCUUUUUAUAAAAUGGAAGAAAAAAAUACUACUGUUGUGUGCAUGGGUGAUUUUUUUUUAUUACGAGAAAAAAUAGUGAAAAAUAAAAAUAAAUCGGUAUUUUGGUUUGCUUUUGGAAUUUUUGAUUCUUUGUUACGAGGAAUCGGUCAAGUAAUCUUUGCCAAUAAUCCACUGAGUGGGUUAUUAAUACUACUAGCACUACUAUUUUCAUCACCGUUGGUCAUAUGUACUGGAUUAUUAACAGGAUUUUUAGGUCUUACUGUAUCUAUGUUAAUACAAGAGCCAUUACAAAACAUCGAAAAUGGUUUGACCGUUUACAAUCCAGUCCUUGUUGGCUGUAUAACGUAUUCAUUAUUUCCAAAUAAUUAUAAUAAUGGACAUUGGGAUUCAUUUUCAAUUCUUUUGACAUUUAUCGCAACUAUUUUAAGUGUUUACUUAACACGUUCAUUAGCGACUGAUAAUGUUCCUUGUGUCACUCUGCCAUUUAAUCUCAUCGAAACAAUUUUAUUCAUUAUUCUAAUUAUACAAGGCGAUGACUCUAAAAUUAAUUUAAUCGAAACAAAUAAUAUAGUAAAUACAACUGACAAUUUUAUAAAUCAAAAUGCUAAGAGCAACGAAAAUUCAACAAACUUGGAUUGGGGAAUGGUAUUGAGGGGAAUGGUAGUAUCGUCAUCACAAGCAUAUGGUGUUGAUAAUGUCCCAGCAGGCUCGAUUAUUUAUUUAGCUUUGGUAAUUUACUCACCAGUUACUGCUAUAUUUUCAUUUACCGGCGCAGUAUUUGGUGCAUUAAUCGCUCUAGGUCUAGGUGUACCUUACAGUGAAAUUUAUUCCGGAUUGUGGGGUUACAAUAGUUUUUUAACAGGAGCUGCAUUCGGAGGAUUAUUUAUAACUUUUAAUCGGCAGACUAUACCAUUAACUAUUGCAUCGAUUACUUUAACCGUAGCUGUGCAAUAUAUUUUACGACAUGUUUUUUCUCAAUUUAAUCUUCCAAUAUUUACGAUACCAUUUGUAAUAACAUUUUUCAUAUUUUUGGGAGUUAGAAAAUCUAAUGGAUUAUUUAUAAAACCGGAGACUGUAACUUUUCCCGAAGAACAGAGGCAGAGAUAUUUGAACAGUCAAGUUCGCGGUUCGAGUCCUGUCCAAAGUAUUUCAGAUUAAAUUAAAAGUGUACUGGCGACAGAUAUCAAAAUAAAUGACGCGCCUUAUCUAGUUAGUAUUCAAAUCCACGACAUCCAUUACUGCAACGGUGCCAUAAUCAG